UUCUGUCAAAUUAUGUUUACAAAACAGUCUUAAAGCAAAUUAUUUUGCCAAAACAAACUAAAAUUUGGAAAUCUUCGUAGCAUUUCUGCAACAACUAUCAGCAAUAUCAUGGAAAUUCGCAACGAAGUCAAGACGGUGGACAAGGACUUUGAGAAGAAAAAGUUUGUGGUCCGCAAUGCCGCCGACAUCCAGCGCGCCAAGCUGGAAAAGCUGAUGAAGAAUCCCGUAAGUCUCAUUGUUUACUGCUGCGUACAUACGAUUGCUAACUGUUUUCCCGCUACCGCCCAGGAAAAGCCCGUCAUAAUCCCGGAACACCCGAAGGCGCGCGACUUCUCGUCGGCCAUCCCGUCCUUUGUGCGCAACGUGAUGGGCUCCAGUGCGGGUGCCGGUUCGGGCGAGUUUCACGUGUAUCGUCACCUGCGGCGGAAGGAGUACGCCCGCCAAAAGCAAAUCCAGGAAAAGAGCCGCGCGGAGGAGCUGAACGACGAGUUCCAGGACAAGCUGGAGCGGAACCGGCAGGAGGCGGAGGAGCGUACGGCCAAGAAGCGCGCAAAACGGUUGAAAAAGAAGAAGGCGAAGCAGUCUGGCCGGGGGAAGAAGCCACGGAAGGAGCAGGAAUCGGACAAGAGUGAGAGCGAGGAGGAGGAGGAGGAAGGGGAGGAGGGUGGGCAGCCGGCAGGAGAUGGUGAGAAGAAGGCUGAUGAGGGAAAGCAGGAAGCGGGUAAGGAGGAUUCGAAGGAGGUUGAGGGAAAUGCUGAAAAUGUUGAAGCGGGUAAGGAGACACCAGAAGCUGAUAAAGACAAUCCUGAAGUGGAGGAGAACACUAGCAAUGAUGAUAAGGUUCAAUAAAUGUAACAUUUUCUUGUUAAGUUCAAACUUUGUUUAAAGUUAAUGCUUUAGACAACAAACAGAAAUUUCAAGGAAUCUCGGGAAACCGCGUGCCGUGUUCCAGCAUGACCGCUUUGAUUAUUAA